GGUGAGUUUCCGGCGGAAAAUGACCAAGAAUCGUAUAUGUUUCUCGGUCGAGUGGUGUUAGAACCGUCGAAAAUCGAUGCGCACGAUCGAGGAUAUAGUUGGAGAUCCAGAAAUGCUUUAUCCUUAUUGACCAUUACUGACAAGCGUGUUGCUCGUUACCCGUGAGUGUCGCGACAACAGAACGUUUUUCAUUCAUACUCCCAGUGCGACAAUUGAAUUGAAUCACGGAAACGAAAGUGGACGCUAGUUCACUAUCGAACGGUCCUUCGUUCGCUGAGCUUCGAAAUUUGAAGUAUCGACGAGGUACUCGCCACAAAACCAUAAGAUUAUGCAGUGGAAUCGAGAGAGAAUAUAAAGAUGUCAAAAGAUACUUUUGCUAGCUAUUCAAUGUAAAUAAAGGACAGACAGAAACAAAGAAAAGGAGGGAGAAAUUUCACAGAUAAUACGUGAGGAGACACUAUGUUAUGAUACGUAUUUCGACGGGUUCGGAAAAAUUAAAGUUCUCCCACGUUCUCAGCUGAUUGCAGCUGAUCAGGAAAGCUGUAAGGUUUGAUUAGGCUUGAAUGAAUAUUGAUUACACACACAUUGGAAAUAAUUAUUGAACGAAACUUCGUGUUAAGGUAGAUGUUAAGAUAGAUAUUGCGAGGAGAAAAUAAGCAAACAGAUCUUAAGUUAGAAAAUGUUAGCAAACAAUUCAACAUCGGUGAGUAUGAGCAGAGGCAGCAAUAAUCUUCAAAAUCGAAACUCUCAGAGGUCCACUCUCUUGAAAGUGGUGAUUCUUGGAGAUGGUGGUGUUGGGAAGUCCUGUCUUAUGAAUAGAUUCGUGUCAAAUCACUUUGACGAACACAGUUUUCAUACCAUUGGAGUAGAGUUUUUGAACAAGGAUAUCGAAAUCAACGGCGAGGCAUAUACACUGCAAAUAUGGGACACAGCUGGGCAGGAAAGAUUCAAGACUCUUAGAACACCGUUUUACAGAGGCUCAGACAUUUGUCUGCUUACUUAUGCGGUAGACGAUAGGACAAGUUUUAGAAAUCUCGCGCUAUGGAGAUCUGAAUUUCUUAAGUAUGCAGAUGUUCAGGAGGGUUCCACUUUUCCAUUUAUUGUUGUUGGUAAUAAGGUGGAUGUUCCUGAAUCCGAAAGACAAGUUUACAUGGAAGAAGCUCAAGCUUGGUGUUCAGAGAAUGGUAAUCCUCCAUUAGUUGAAACGUCAGCAAAAGACGCCACUAAUGUCGAAGCAGCUUUUGGGGCAGCGGUUGACGCAUGGGCACGAUUGGAAGCUAGAUUAGAACGGCCUUUAAUGGAAGACACUGUCGAUCUUUCUAAACAGCAGUCCCAGCAUCGUACGAGCUGCUGCAUGCCUAUUUCUGGCACCGAAUCUACAUUUGUAACCAGAUAAUCGAAAUGGUUGGUAAGAAGAUAGACACGAUAUAUAGUCUUUAUGUGAUGCAUACUGACAUUUUUGGAACAAAAGUUUUCUUUAUGUUUGGAAGAGGGAUACACAACGUCGCACUAUUGAACUCAGAAAUGAAAUGCUUAUUCUAUUUAGGAUCUAUAAGGAUACACGUUACACAGUAGAACUGUAAGAGAUUAUUUUGUUCGGCCUGUGUUUUAUUUUUUUGCACAUUUAUAGUAAG